CCGUUCCGAGCAGCAGCUGCGACUGUCAGCUGUUCAAUAUGGAACGAUAGCGAAAAGUGCAGUCACUUAUAGGAAUUGGUCGACGUUGGAUAAAUCGAGCGAGUGUGCCAGCCAGCCAGCCAAUUGGUCAACAAGAUUAAACAAGCGGGCAGGCGGAAGAAACGAGCGGAUCUUCGUAUUACCGCGCGCGAGAGUGGAUGCUAAGCGGGGUGAGGAGGCGGCGGCGGCGAAGGCGGAGGGACAGAGACGGGCAGACGGUGACGGUAGAGAGCGAGGAUCGUACGCUGCGUACGAGCGCUCGUGGGACGGCAGCGUCCGUGAAACGCGCGGUAAUCGGACGAUUUAUGCGCGAUCCUCGUGCGCCAGAUCAACCUGGAUGUAUUAACGCAAGGGCUAAAAUACGGCAUAUCAGGACUAAUGAACCUCGCAACUAAUCCGACGUCCGACACGACGUCCGACGCGCAGAGCAAUGGUCCCUACUUCGUUAACUUCAAUCAGGACUGCACGUCCUUGGCGGUGGGGUCAAAGUCAGGAUAUAAACUUUAUUCCAUCAGCUCCGCUGGGCAUCUUGAAAAGAUCUAUGAAAAUGAUGAUACAGACUUCGAGGACAUAUGCAUCGUCGAGCGGUUGUUCAGCAGCAGCUUGGUGGCGAUCGUCAGCCUCAAGUCCCCUCGCACGCUCACGGUGUGCCACUUUAGGAAAGGAACGGAAAUAUGCAACUACAGUUACUCGAAUACGAUUUUGGCUGUGAAACUCAACAGAGCGAGAUUGGUGGUGUGUCUGGAGGAGUCGUUAUACAUUCACAAUAUACGAGAUAUGAGAGUGCUGCACACGAUACGCGACACCCCGCCCAAUCUCACAGGCCUUUGUACACUCUCACCGAAUAGCGACAAUUGUUACUUAGCUUAUCCAGGAUCGAACACGAUCGGAGAAGUGCAGAUAUUUGACGCAAUUCAUCUCCAAGCCAAAACAAUGAUACCGGCGCACGAUAGUCCAUUGGCAGCGAUCGCUUUCAGCUCGACCGGCACCAAAGUGGCGACUGCCUCUGAAAAGGGCACCGUGAUCCGAGUUUUUGAUGUCCACGAGGGUACGAAACUGUUCGAGUUCCGACGCGGCGUCAAGAGAUGCGUCACGAUAAACAGUCUCUCUUUCAGUAUGGACUCCAUGUGGCUCUGUUGUUCCAGCAACACGGAAACCGUGCACAUAUUCAAGCUGGAGGAACCAAAGGAAACACCAAGCAAGCAAACCGCGGACGAAGCGCAAAGCUGGAUGGGAUACCUGACGAAGGCUGUGACAGCGUCGGCUACGUAUCUGCCGUCGCAAGUGACUGACGUUUUCACUCAAGGGCGUGCUUUCGCCAGCGUUCACCUACCGUUUCAAGGAUUGAAAAAUGUCUGUGCCAUCACCGUAACACACAAAGUACCAAAACUGUUAGUAGCUAGUGCCGACGGCUACUUGUACGUCUACUCUGUGGAUUUAACCGAAAGUGGAUGCUGCACUCUCAUAAAGCAGCACAGACUGGACGACAAGGAAGAGCGAGAUGACACGGACUGCGGUGGUUCCGGCUCCGGAACAGCGGCGAAUAGUACAAAUACAGCCUGCAUAAAUAGCUACGCGGGUGUGUUGCGUGGCCGCUCGCCAGACUCCAUGUCAGGUACUGAGUCAGAGAAGUAUCAGGAGAUGAUAGCGGCGACGGAGAGCCCACCGAAGGGCGGCGGCCCAUUCCGUCUGGAUGACGAUACCGAGUUUCCACCUGUCACGCAGAGGACAGACUGAGCGUAACACGCAAAUUAAAAAGGCAUAUCAAAGAGCUCAAGACACAAACGGAAGAAAAAAAAAAGAUCGAUGCAGGAGCAACGUGACCACCGUGGCGGAAGGACGAAAGGGCAAGGGGAGGAGGCGGUCAGUCAACCGGAGCGGAGGACGUCCAGUAUCUACAGACGGCCGUAUAUCUAGUACUCCGAGAAUUCAAUAGAACCAAAAACCCUGUAGGCGAUAUUACCGAGAAUGUUACGUAUCCAGUACGCGCUAAAGAUCCAGCGAGGUGUGCGUUAAUCCAAGCCAAGAGCCUCAUCCAGUCGAGCUCGGCAGUCAGUUUUCUUUUCACUUUUUUUCCUUUUUUCCUCGUGCAAAGAUUUGCAGAUAUUUUGGAGGACGACGCGUACUACAGGAGAGAUGAGAGAUGAUCUCCGAGUAACACUCUCGGUCAUAUAACUGAGCUAUCGGAUUAACUAGAAUUACCUUCAUCAUUCGUUAGAAUUACGAACGUCGCAUUGACAAGAGGAUGCAAAUGUCACGCGGAGAAUAUAGUAAUCCAAUGAUGACGGUUCUGUUUGUCGCGGGGAUUGCGAGAUCUUUUACACGUGAUUUACACAAAAAAGGCGUUAUUCGCGUUACCACAGCGAGGAUAUUUUUUACGAUUACAGGUGUAUGUAGGGAAAGUAUGCGUUUUUUUACCGUAGUCUAGGAUAUUUAGGACAGUGUACUCCGAUUUCAGGAUUCGACUCGUACAAUCCAGCGAUUAAUAAUUGCGUGAUCACGGACCAGUAUAAUUAAAAUUAUUUUACGCGGUUAUUAAUUGAAUUGCCAUACUUCGCCCUGAGCGAGGGAUACUAAGAAAAGCGAUACUUUACCAAAAA